UCUUGCACUCGCUCAGCAGAUGGAACUCUCCAAAGUCCUGCAAACCCUCAAGACCUUUGCGCCCUUGCGCCUCGCCGAGUCGUGGGACAACGUGGGCCUGCUGGUCGAGCCGGUGACCAAGCGCCGGCCGAUCGACAAGAUUCUGCUGACCAUCGACCUGACCGAGCGCGUUGUCGACGAAGCCGCGCAGCACAGCAUCCCGCUCAUCAUUGCGUACCACCCGCCAAUCUUUGCCGCGCUCAAGAAGCUCACAGCCGGAGCAACCAAGGAACGCAUUGCAGUCAAGGCGAUCGAGCAUGGCAUUGCCAUCUACAGCCCGCACACGAGCUACGACUCGGUGCAGGGCGGCAUCAACGACUGGCUCGCGUCCGGGCUCGGCGAGGCCUCCGCCAUCAGCGUGCUGCAGCCGCACACGUUCCAUCACGACGGCGACUCGCAAACCUCGAGCGGUACGCAUCGCGCAAGUGUCUACGGCCUGGCAGGCCAGCUUGCCGAGCUCAGGACGGCCAUUGCCUCGAUUCUCGGUUCUGAGAGCUCCUUUGCAACAUUUUCGUCCAACGACAGCGCCUCCAGAAGCAAGCUCGAGUUCAAGUGCCAGCAAUCGCACCUCGGGUCGCUUGCCGCUCUGCUUGCCAAGCAUGCUGGCAACGGCGUGACCUGGGAGACACACUCGCUCGAAAAGCUGCCACAGCCUGGCACGGGUCAGGGCCGACUCGUCACCUUGGCCCAGCCAACGCCGCUUCCCCAGCUGCUGACCAAAAUCAAGGCGCACCUGCAGGUGGAGCAUGUCCGCAUCGCUCUCCCAUCGGCGGCGGUACCAGCCGCCCAAGUGCCUCCGAAAACGCAAGCUGCUGCAUUGGAGCAUGCCAAGAACGUGCUCGUUCAAAAGAUUGCGUUGUGCGCCGGUUCGGGCUCGUCCGUGAUGCGCGGAGUGCGUGCCGACGUCUACCUGACCGGUGAGAUGGGGCAUCAUGACGUCCUUGACGCGGUGAGCAGUGGCGCCGCCGUCGUCCUCUGCGAGCACACCAACACUGAGCGUGGCUACCUCGCAAAGCUCCGCGAGAGUCUUGCCGAGCUGUUUGGCACUGCCGGAGUUCAAGUGACAGUUUCUCAGCAGGACGCCGACCCCCUCGUUAUCGUAUAAGAUUGUGUGAGGAGGUUUCGAGCAAUAUUUUGAGCAAUAUCUUGUUUUUUCGUAUGCAACAGCAACAAC